CAGUUCGGCGCUCGACAGUGCCCCAGGCGAGUUGCGUCCGCCAGCCUGAGCCAGUGCCGGCCAACUCCCGCCUCGGCCUCGGGCACUGCUGACCAAGUGACCCCGGACAGAGGACCUGCUGUGAAGCCAGUUGCCAGGGUCGAGAGCAAGAAUUGGCUGACGUGCUUGGACGAAAAGAGAUUGCUGCACCAGACGAGUGGACGGGCGGACGCCCCUGGGAGGGCAGGCUGUUGUCUACUUGAGGGGAUUGCUUGUCCUCGGACGGGUGGAUCAGGGACUAGCUGCCGGAUCAGAGGUACCGUCCCCUCCCUUUUUCGUCAGCUCAUUGGUGGGCCGGGGAGUAUGUUCGGCACAGCUAGGCUGAUUGAAGUCACCAAUCAGACACUGGUGAAAGUGGGGCCACAGCUUGGGUGGCAGAUAUCCCUUGAGUCUGGAUGGCGCCCGCCGAAAGAAUGCAACGCGCGAGAACACAGCAACCCUAAAAUCCUGGCUUCAGGACCACAUAAAAAAUCCCUACCCAACCAAGGGAGAAAAGAUCAUGCUGGCGAUCAUCACUAA